UGUAGACACUGUGAAGGAGUUUUGGGAGGAGAGGAGAGCUGAGGCAAUAAAUCGGCUAUAAGACAGAGAUGUGGUAAUAGUAGCGGAUGGAAGAAUGGACAGUCCUGGACAUUGCGCCCAGUACUGUACAUACACUGCCAUGGAGAACGAAUCCAGGGAAAUCAUCUCUGUCAUCACUGUGGACAAAAGGGAGACUGGGCGAAAUUCUGUGAUCAUGGAGAGAGAGGCAUUUGUGCGGACAGUCGACACUCUUUUGAAUGAAGUGAAACUAGUAGAGGUCUGCACUGAUGCCCAUGUCCAGAUCUCCGCACUAAUGAACAAAGGAAAAUACAAAGACCUUGGGCUGCAGCACAGCUUGGAUAUGUGGCAUGGGGCCAAGAAUUUGGCAAAAAGGAUCCAUGCUGCUUCACAGGUCAAGGGUCAGUCCAGUUUGAGCAGUUGGCUAAAAGACAUUGUCAACCACUUUUGGUGGUGCUGCAAAACAGCAGAUUCUUACCAAGAGUUCCUUGAGCUGUGGCUUGGUCUCCUACAUCAUGUGACAAAUGAACACAGGUGGGUCCUGGGAAGCUGCCAGCAUGCAGACUUAGAAUCUGGUGGAACUCAACAGUGGCUUGAGCGAGGCUCCAUGGCACAUGAGGCCCUGAAGAGCAUCGUUAGAAACAAGCGGUGGCUUAAUGAGGUCCACAAAUAUCUCAAUUUUAGGUCCACUGCUGAUCUGGAGUCCUUCCAGAACCAUAUUUUAAUGUACGCUUGCAAGCGCACAGCAUUUAGCCCUCCUGUCUUUGAGGCCAGGAUGCUCCUUGCAGCGAUGGACUAUAAUUACCACAAGGACCGCCCAGAGUUGUGUAAAUCUGAUGGAAGCAAACAGUACAGGAGGCUGUACAAGAAGAAUGCUCGCAGGUAUAUGCUAUACACUCAGAAGACAUCCAAGACGUAUGGCUACAUCCCAGAACUGCAAGCUAUGAUCCUUCAAAAGAGAUUAGCUGGUAAGGGGAUGCCCAGACGGAGGACACUACGACCUGAUGACCCCAGAAGGUACGGCCCACUUCCCCCUGUGCCGGCACCAACCAUUGAGGAACUCCUGCACACCCAAGUCAGGAGAGGUCUUGUGUCAACAUUCCAGACUAAAGACCUGUGAAGCCCAGUUUCCAGAGCCUCACAACCCUGACCAUCUUCAUGGCCAUGUAAACUUUUGUGUCACAAGCUGCUUAUCAACAAUUUCAGACUAAAAGUUUAAACAGUACAGAGCAGCUGAGUCUAGUUUUCUAUUUAUACUGUGUAACAUUUAUCAUUAUACCAUUUUAUAUACUGUUUCUCUACAUUGUAAAAAGCAUAGUAUUGUUAUUAUAAAUAAACUUUUUUUAUUGAAAAAA